AUGACCAAUCCUGGAUCGUGGUAUGGAGGCGGCGAUCCUCGAUUUGCUGCUUUACUCCCCUGCGGAAUCGAUCCAUCACGAGCCGCAGUGCAUGGCAUACAAUUACCGAUGUCUCAACGAAGGAAAAGAAGAGUUCUUUUCAGUCAAGCGCAGGUUUACGAACUAGAACGGCGCUUCAAACAGGCAAAAUACCUGACAGCUCCCGAACGUGAGCAGUUGGCAAACUCAAUUCACCUCACUCCAACACAGGUCAAGAUAUGGUUCCAAAAUCAUCGCUACAAGUGUAAAAGGCAGGAGAAAGAGAAAGCGAUGACAGGUGGACUCAGUCAUCGUGAUGAUUCAGCAAGUCCACAGUCAGUGGAUGGGGAUGGGAAAUGCUCACCGGCGUUGAACAACUCAAAGGAGGAACCGUCAUGUUCAGAGGCGGAGCCUAGCCAAUCUUCUGCCGAGCCCUUACCUGACAUCAAAAGCGGCAUGUUUACGGCGGUGCCGUCCUCUGUUUAUCCUCCGCAACCACCCGCCUUCGCAUUUCCUUUUGGGUCUCAAUCGUAUUCCGCCGCUCAGUCAGCAUAUUAUAACCAAAUUCGUGGAGUAGGAUGGUGA